GAAUUAACAUCGAACCUUUUUCAUUUCAUUCCAUUAGAUAGAGAAAAUUGUAUAAAGUAAGUAUAAAGUAAGAGUGAAGUGUAAUGUUACAAUGUUACUUCAGUCUUUGAGCGAACUUCCGUGUAUGAAGUGGAACAUGAUGUAAAAAAUAAAAGAAAAAAGGAGAACGAGAAAAAGAGAGAUAGAAAAAAGAAAAGUGCAAAACAGUAUUCGAAAAACUGCGUUUUAGCACGGACUUUGAUGUCGCGUAGCGACAGAACAUAAAGGAAACGUGACGAGUGUAACCCGAUGUGAUGCACGCUAGUGAGAAAAGUAUCGCUAUGCUAUAAAAGUGCUAGAACGACGAAACCGCAAAGAUUGACAAAUGAUGAUAGUGCUUCUGUUGUGCGUCAUCAUGAAGAUAGCAGAAUUCUCUGCUGGUCGCGUGAGUCCGUCACUUCAACCAUCGCGACGUCGACAACGGCCACGAAAAAAGCCACCGCCAUCACCACCAUUGCGACAACAUGAACAACAGCAAUCACCCUCCUUGUCCUGUCGUAAACGACAGGAUUGGAAUUAUUAUCGAGUUCCAUGCGAUAAAUGCAUGUAUUUUCUUCAGAAACAGUGUGCAGGCAAAGGAGCUGCAGUCAUGGAAGAUCCGCAAACACCAGGAUCGGAUUGCAAUUCCAAUCCUGCAACAGAUUCUAUGCAGCAAGAUCUUAUUGGUUCAGACUUUAUACAAGACAAUGUGGAAUAUCAGUGGUGUACAGAUUAUGGAUACAAAGAUGGAGGAUUACAUGUCCAUCCUAGUGUUCUGUCUUCACUCUCUGCAUCAUAUUCCCGGGAAGAUGUGGGUUAUUAUGAUGACCUGUCUCGUAAUUUGGAUGCUAAUUUAGCAGAAAUUGAUAUGGAAAGUUUUCGUAGUGCAGACAUCCACACUCUUCUUACUGCUUUACCAGUUAUGUGUACUGAUCCAGUUCAACAUUCAGAGUUUAACUAUCAAAGGGAACGUUAUGCCAGUAUAUCUGGCUCCGUCAUGGAAAAACUUGACAUCGGUUCUUCAAUCAGCCCACACACCAGCAGCCAGGGAGAAGAAUCUGCUUGUUCAACAACUGAUACAAUGUCUAUAUGCAAAUCAUCAUUAUUAUUCUCUCCUGUGAAAGAAACACCUGUGCUACCCCCAGCAGGUAGUUACAGUGUAGAUUCAUUGGACUGUGAAGAUAUGCUGUUAACUUGUCAAGCAAAUAAUAAAAAUAAUUAUACUAUUGCUUUUGAAGGUAGUAUUACAAUGUACUCUGAUAGUUCUCCAGAUUUCGAAAAUCAAGAAAAACCAGAAACAUACGAAGUACCAGAAACUUACUACAAAAAAAAAGGGUUACGAAGAACUAUAUUAGAUUCGUCAAUGGUGUGUUCUGAUUCUAAAAUAUAUACUACUUGGAGUAAUUUAAAACAUUCUUCCAUGAAUAAGGUUAUAACUCGACAUCCUUCGGGCAAUAACAAUACCAUUCCAAAUUUUUUACAUGGGACAGGAAAUACAACUAUAUCUAUGAAUAAAAGGAGUCAAAGCUUACCAGAUCUUACACGAAUUCAAGAAUCACCUACUAAUAUUCAUCUCAAUUUUUCUGUUGAUUCUGCUGAAUCAAAUAACCACCCAUUACAAUCACACAAUUCAGGCUCUGCAAUGAGUCGAUCUGUAAAUGAAGAAAAUUCCGAUGGUAGUGGAAAUAUUUGUUCUGGGAAAAAGUUACAAAAUCUAAGCCUAGUAAAAUUGUUUAUGAAACAAAAGAGUAUGAGCGCUGAAGGAAUGAGUCUUACUUUGGAUCAAUCUGAUUCCAUCAGUGAUAGUGGUUGGCCUACAAGCAAUAGUGCUAGUGAUAGUGGAACUAAUACAAAUACACAAAUACAGCGACAAAAUAUAAAUACAUGUACUCGCCCACUUCCUGAAAAAGAUUUUUCUAUAAAUUGGGUUCGUAGUGAUUGUUAUAAUAAUAAAGAAGUAGAAAGUCAAAAAGAUAAGUUGGCUGACAUUCCAAAUACUUUUACAACCAAUAAGGAAAAUAAAGAUGACAUGAUUUCAUCUGCCUCGGUCGAAGAAUUGUCGGAAAGCAUAACUAAAUCAGAACUCGUACAUGACAGUGAUAUCGAACAAAUAGAUUUUGAAAUUUCACAGGAUGACUUGGAAUGCCAUUCAAAACAUUUACGGGUUUUUCAGGAAAAUAAAUCUGUAAUAUCUAAAACAACAGGAAUUCAAGCAAUGGUCGAAACAGAAGAUAACGAAGUGCAAACGUCACUAAUUUACAAAGUACCUGCAGAAAGAGAUAGCCCUUCUAUACGGGAAACGAUAGUUAAUAAAAGGCCUGUUUAUGUUGUAUAUCCUAAUUAUACGUUACCAGAUCUUUCAUUUCUUAAUAUUAAAGAUACGAAAUUAGACAAUGUAGCAUUAAAGCCUCAAUAUUAUGAUAAAAGUAAGCCAGGAUGGAAACAUUCAAAUAGAUGCAACAGACCGUUCUCUUGUAACGAUAUCGAUGCGCUUAAACAACGUGGAUUUUCACACGUUAAGGAUUGGGAGUCGCUAACAUUCCUUUUACCUACUGAAUAUAAAAAAAUAUUACAUGAUGUGCCAGAAGUUUCAGAGCAUAUCAAUAUCAAUGAACAAACUAAAAAACCAUUGUUUUGUUUAUCUCCCCCAAUGCGACAUAAAACAAGACCAAUAAGUGAACUUAUACCAAAUAAUACUUCCUCAACUAGUAGUACUGCUACGCAGCCAUCUUCUGGAUAUCGAGGCUCAUCUACGAUCUUGACGGAUUCCUCUACAAAUCAGCAGCUACUUCCUAAUAAUGUAGCUAAUCCAUUAUACCUGUAUCGCUAUGAUAGCAUUAGUUCUGAAGCAAGUUUAGUGAGCAACGAUAAGAAAAUUCAUAGAACUGUUAAUCAAGCAAAGCAAACCUAUCCUAAUUUACCUAAACGGUCCAUUUCAUUACCUUAUGGAGAUAGAGAAUCUGAUUGCUGCAAUGGCAAAGUGCCACCAAGACCUCCUUUACCAAGAAGUAUCUUAAGAAAGAAUAAAGUUCCCACAAGUAAGAGAUACAGUAUGUUUGAAAUGGGAGGAGUGGAAGAAGUGGAAGAUCAGUGUCCUGAACCAAAUAAAAGAAUGUCGUUACAAGAACCAUAUUAUAUGAAUAAUGAUUUACAACUAUUAUGCCGCGGGAGAAUUAUCGAUUCAGAAAAAGAUGUUGACGAAACAGAAGAAAAAUGUAAUACAGAGAGACUGAAUGAAGUUGUUAAUAAUACGAACGUAGAUUAUGAAACUUCUCAAAAUAGUGAAGAUGAUAUAAAGCAAUUAGAAGAAUUUUUAAAACGUAGUGGUUUAUCGUCAGAAAGUAGCGAAGGAGAUAAUGAAGAUCCCGAAGUUAAAUUAAGAUCGUACGUGAGAAAAUUUUUAGCACUUAGAAUGAAUAAAGAUGUAGUCAAAAACAUUGAUAUGGCUGAAUCACAAAAAAAGACUGUCAGUUUUGCUUUACACGAAAAAAAACGAUAUUCAGAUGAAAAGCCAAAUAAUGCAAAUGCUCCGACGAAUGAGCACAAUAAAGAUAGAUGUUUUCAGGAUCUAAACAAAGAAAUCAAUUCUGAGAACAAAGUGGAUUUAGAAGAAAAACGAAAUAUGAUAUCAUCCACAAGCAAAGCUGUUGACUUACUACUCAAAUAUUGGAAUGCUGAACCUACUAAUGGUCGACAAAAUUAUAAUGAUAAAAAUGAAUGUGCACAACUUUGUUUGAGUAAUCUCUGUCCAACUUUGUAUGCUAUAAUGUCAGAUGGUCUAAAAUCACAUUUGCAGUCUACUUUUGGUCCAAUAGCAAACAGUGUAUGGCAAGUUGUUGAGGCUUCUGCUCAGCAAGGGCCACUUACAAAGACAUUGAACGAGUUAGUUCAAAAGAUUAAUGGCGAAGAUAUUAUUACUGAGGGAAUGCUUAAAUUUCAUGCAUUUGUAUUUGGUCUGUUGAAUUUGCGAGCUUUGGAUGCUUGGUUUGCAUAUUUAUGUACAAGAGAAUCGAUUUUACGGAGACAUUAUAACAGUAAUAGUUUAUUUACCGGAGCAUUAGCAAAUACCGACGUUCGAGAAGUUGUUGAUAAUUUAUUAGAUAUUUUACAUCCUCUAGCAUUUUGCCCAUUUCAGCUUGAUCUUUUAUACCAAUAUCGACAAUUACAUAAUAGUUUCGGUAAUAUGAACAAUUAUAAUAUAGAUGGACUAAAUUUUAGAAAUGUUGAUUUACUUCAAAAAGAUCAUCAUUUUGAAAAAGCAGAUAAUUGUGGAACUGUAUUAAGUCCAAGAAAAAUACGUCCACGGUCUUGCGUUAAUGUUUAUAAUGAUUAUGACGAUAAGUCUAUCAUUGCACAUAAAACUGAUCUUGAAAAUGUUGUAAAAAAACGUUUUAACAACACUGUCGGGACAAAAGUAUUGCAUGGUUUAGAAAAAUUAGCUUCCGAAGAUUCCGAAGAUUAUACUGAUAGCCUUGAACAUUCUCCAUUGAAUAGAGGGGCAACAAAACAAAUGAUUCCUAUUAAAUCAUUAAGUCCAGAUUCUAAAAUGGACGAUGAAGAUACAAUUACUGGAGAAACUAAAUUUAGGAAACUGCAAGAAAAAUGGGAAUUGAUGAUUGGGAAAGAAGAAACUGGAAAAAACCAACCGGGAACGGCAUUACCCUUAUCGCCUAUGCGAACACCUGCGAAUUUGGGAAAAUCAAAAAUACCACGACUUUUAACAUCACCUAUUAAACAACCAAAUGUAGCAAUAGGAUCUGUAAAAACUGUUAAGUCUCCUAUCUCUGGAAUACCUUCUUUGAAAAAGCCGGUUACAUUAUCAACUACCAAAACAGUAUUAAUGAAACCAAUAGAAACAAGGGGGAAAAGUAUACAAGAAACACGACGUACGAGUCGUGUAGAUCAAGACAUAGUCGGAACAUCGCGGGCUCAUUUGUCACGACCUAGCUCUUUACCUUAUAAAUCCUAUGGAGUUAUGUCGAAAGAGAAGAAUCUCCUAUCUCCUCAAAGACGAGCUGCUUCCACAUCUCUACCAAGGCCAAAUACAAUUACACGUAAUCCUCCGAGGAAACAACCGCUAAAAUUAGUAAAAUAACGCUACGUCCAUCUCGAUUCCAGAGAGGUUCGCACAGUUACAAAUAGGGUACCAUCGAAUAAUGGGCAUCUGUCAUUUGCAGAAGGUGAAAGAUUGAAAGUUAUAUUAGAAAUUGAUAAUAAAUGGUUAUUGUGUGCAAGAGGUGAUAGAAAAGGUUUGGUUCCGAGAAUGUGUGUGCAUACUAUUCAGACUUAGCCCUUCUAUUGAUAUUAAUGAGAUUCUUGAGAGUAAAUUGAUUAAGAAAAAGUGAAAGUGAUGUGCUUUGAAUGAAUGCAAAAAAAGAUUAAUUAAAUGGUGUCGUAUGUACAGUGUAUUAAAGAAAAGGCAUAGUAUAUGAUUUUGAAAUUAUAAUUUAGUGAUAUUGCUUGCGAAGUCACUGUUUAAAGCUUCGUUUGCAUAGACUCGUGAUAGUAUUACCACUCAUAACGCCAUUGACAAACCAGCCCGACUGCUUUUUAUUUCUGGUCCGGCCAGCGCAGCGACUUCUGGACGCCUGUGAAAAAGCUUCGCAUUUUCACAAUAUUGACGAUCGGCAACUUUUUACGUUCGUCUCCCCAUUUUCGAUCUGAACCCCGCUGGGGCUCGCACACCCCCAAAUCUCCGUUAGUUUUAUCAUCAUGCUAAUUAUUAUGCAUUACCAUUACAUAUUAUUAAUUUUGCAUAAUAGCUACACUUGUUUUACUUUUGCUUUUAUGCGUUAGGCACGACCGCUACUAUAUACAAUAUUUUAAUGUUAAAAUACAAUUAAAUUAAUGAUUGAAAAUUAUUUUAAGAAUUGAACAAUUUAUUUGAAAUUUUAAGCAGAAUUUUACAUUAUAAUAGAUAAAAUAUAGAAUUCUAAUUCUAUCAAAAAUUUUUCUUUGUGAUGACUAUAAAGACACCCUGAUGGUGAUAGUGGUCGUGACUAAAAAAUAUUAGAGGUUCUGCUAGUCAUAAGCUUUUAAAACCUCAUUAUAUUUAAAUGAACAUAUACCUAUUUAUAACUAAAAUGUACAUAUAUACAGUAAUAUGAUGAUAAAGACACAACGGUCAUAUAUAAUAUAAUAACUUAUAAUAUUAUGAAUGUAACUGUGAUCAUAGCAAAUAGGUGCAUAAGUUGAUUGAUGCGAAUGUGCGAAAAAAUUUCGUUUGAUUUUUUAUGUAAUUUUAAUAUUUCAAUCACGUCCAAUUUUCAUAAAACAUCAAUAUAUCGGUUUUAUUUAGCAUAUAAAUUAUUACCAUGUCGUGCGCUUAUGAAUCGCAAUAAUCACAUUUUUUUACUUGCUUCAUGUAUUUCUUAGUAUGUGACAGCAUACAGUGUAUUCAAAUAAAAUCUAUUAUAAUGACAUAUAUAUCACUGUACAUUUCUUUGCGCAGUGAUACGUUCCCUAUAGCAUAUUUUAAAGGUAUGAUAAGUAUUAAUAUAAAUAGAAAGCAAUGAUAAUAAUGAUAAAAAAAAAA